AGCUCAUAUAUAAAUAGAGGGGACCCAAAAGGAGGAAAUUCAAGCUAGAUCAAGCUAAUAAUACAUACCCAAUUCUCGAAUUCUCGUUCUUAAUUUUGUUCUUACGAUCCGCUUCGUGAAUCGGAUCAUUUGGUGGAUUUAUUGUCCAUCAAGUUGGUGCUCUCGUUGAGAGUUCGAGAAUCAUACUCAGAGGAAAUCCUCCAUUAAGACGAUGGUGCAAACGCGCAGUAACGCCAAUGUAGGUACCGGAGCUCCCCAACAGGGGGAGAACAGCACCACUGGAGGUCGGAACCCUCCCAUCACCACCGGGGAGGUUGAGGCCCUCAUUCAGAGGGUUGGCAUCACGGCCGAACAAUUCCAAGAGGUGCUGGCUGCACUUGCGCCCAACCGCGAGGUUGUGGUGGAAGAUGUGGCUGGGGGACCCACAGGCGGGAAGGCUGGACCUACAGGCUCCCAAGGAAAAAAGAAAAAAGUAAGGCGGUCCCAGAAGAAGAAGGCGACCAAGCCUAACGGGAAGGCUGUGAUGGCUGAUGCGCUUUCCAGGCUGGAAGAAGAGGACGACUCGUCCUCCUUCGAGCGAAUUGCUAGUGAAGGAGGAGGAGGGCGCACAGCGACCAGUAUACUAUGUGGCACGGGUGUUACGAGGGGCGGAGCUGAGAUAAACAAACAUGGAGAAAACCAUCUUUGCGGUGGUAUGUACGGUAAAAAAGCUUACGCCAUAUUUUCAAGCCCAUCCGGUCCACGUGUUAUCCCAGAUCCUAUUGGAACACUUCUUCGAAGCCCAAAUGCCCCAUCACGGGUCAGCAAGUGGGGGGUGUUCCUGGGGUCUUUCCAGAUAGAGUUCAAGCCGCAACCGGCGAUAAAGGGGCAAGCAUUAGCAGAUUUCGUGGUAGAAUGCACCGCAAGAAAAGUAGGACCUAGCGGAGAGGAACCCGAAGGAAGUUGGUGGACUGUGUACACCGAUGGAUCGUCCGCGACUGAUGCUUCGGGGGGAGGAGUCGUGGCGAUAUCCCCAGAAGGGUUCAAAGCUUACUACUCUGUGAGGUUUCGAUUUAAAGUCUCGAACAAUGAGGCCGAGUACGAGGCAUUACUUUGUGGCCUAAGGUUGGCAGCCUCAUUAAGAGCUGAACGGAUCCAAGUCCGGUGUGAUUCUAAGCUCGUAGUAGGCCACGUCACUAGAGAGUUUGAGGCUAAGGAUGAACGAAUGAAGAAGUAUAGAGACACUGCCCUGGAGUUGCUUAAAGCAUUUGGGGCGUACCGGAUAGAGCAGGUCCCUCGGGAAGAGAACGCUGAGGCAGAUAUCUUGUCGAAACUUGGUCCGGAUUCCCCGGAUCAUAUUAAGGCAAUGACCCAAGAAGAAGAGUUGCUCGAGCCAAGCAUUAGUCCCGGUGAAGUGCUGAUCAUCGCACUCAAAGAAGAGCCGGAUUGGAUUGAUCAGAUUACCAUGUACAUCCUUGACGAGUCGCUACCUGCCGACCCAAUCGCGGCAAAGGUGGUGAAGCGACGUGCACCCGGCUACACGCUGGAGUGCGGUCGUCUGUACAAGCGAUCGUAUAAUGGUACAUUGUUGAGGUGCUUAAGAGCGGGCGAGGCACAGAAGUUAAUGGAGGAAAUCCAUGAGGGAAUAUGCUCAGCACAUCAGGGAGCCUUCACGAUGUCCAGGAAGGUAACCCUACAAGGAUACUUUUGGCCAACGAUUAUUAGAGACUGUGCAGAGUAUGUGCGCAAAUGCAAGGUUUGCCAGGAGUUCCAGAGGGUGCCGGGGCGACCGGCGACGAAUUACACCCCGAUAAGUACGGCGAUUCCCUUUGCUCGUUGGGGCAUCGAUCUGGUCGGCAUUUUGCCUCGGGGGACAGGGAACAACACGUACCUGGUGGUCGCGAUCGACUACUUCACCAAGUGGGUCGAGGCCGCCCCCGUACCUACCAUCACUGCAGAACAGAUGACGAAGUUCGUUUCCAAGCAAAUUUUGUGUCGAUUUGGGGUGCCUCAGCAGAUCAUCACUGACAACGGAACCCAAUUCGAGGCCGGAGGGACUACCCCAAGGAAGGCCACAGGUGAAACUCCUUUCUCGCUCACAUAUGGAUUUGAAGCAAGGGCUCCAGCAGAGACCUCAUUGUUGAGCUAUAGAGUGGAGACGUUUGAUGCACAAGAGAAUGAGGAGAACUUGAGGGCAGAACUGCACCUCGUUGAUGAGCGAAGGGAAAGGGCAUACAUGCGAGCAGAAAAUUACCGCCGACAGGUCAAGUCAUAUCACGACCAGCGGGUACGACCAAGGAAGUUCCAGGUGGGCGACUGGGUCCUUCGGAAAAGGGAAGUCAGCCGACCGACCGAUGGAGGGAAGUUUGCUAAAUGCUUCGAGGGACCAUACAUCAUAAAGGAGGUGUUGGCUGAUGGGACGUUUAGAUUGCAAACUCCAGCAGGCGGCGACGUUCCUCGAGUGUGGAAUGCCGCCAACCUUGUUAAAUUCUAUCAGUAGAUUGUAUCCCAGCGAUGCUUCUAUCUUGAAAUUUAAUAAAACCAGCAUUUUGGCAUAUCUUGCCUUCAAUUCUCGAAAAAAAAAAGGAGCGACCAAAAGAGAUCGCUAAGCCCAAACUGUAUGGUGAUUCGUGUUAAGAUACCCAGUAGUGGGGGAAGCGUCGAACCCUGAAAAGCGACCGAGGUUGAAGACGACGCCGAGGCAUGAGAGCCCAGGAAAGCGGCUAAGUCUGGAACGUAAAGGCCCGUUGAUCGCAUGAGCGACCAGGGGGU